AUAAAGAUCAUCGAUAAGACCCAGCUGGAUGAAGAGAACCUGAAGAAGAUAUUUAGAGAAGUUCAGAUCAUGAAGAUGCUGUGCCACCCACAUAUCAUCAGGUUGUACCAGGUUAUGGAGACGGAGAGGAUGAUUUAUCUAGUGACAGAGUAUGCUAGUGGAGGAGAAAUCUUUGAUCACCUGGUGGCCCACGGCCGCAUGGCCGAGAAGGAAGCGCGGCGGAAGUUCAAGCAAAUCGUGGCCGCUGUCAACUUCUGCCACUGUCGUAACAUAGUCCACAGAGAUCUGAAGGCAGAAAAUCUCCUCCUGGAUGCUAACCUCAACAUCAAAAUAGCAGAUUUUGGGUUCAGUAACAUCUUCACGCCUGGCCAGCUGCUUAAAACCUGGUGCGGGAGUCCUCCCUACGCUGCUCCAGAGCUCUUUGAAGGCAAGGAAUACGAUGGGCCAAAGGUUGACAUUUGGAGUCUCGGCGUGGUGCUGUACGUGCUGGUGUGCGGCGCCCUGCCCUUCGACGGGAGCACGCUGCAGAACCUGCGCGCCAGGGUGCUCAGCGGGAAGUUUCGCAUUCCGUUCUUCAUGUCCACAGAAUGUGAACAUCUGAUCCGCCACAUGCUGGUCCUGGACCCCAGCAAGCGGCUCUCCAUGGAGCAGAUCUGCAAACACAAGUGGAUGAAGCUUGGCGAGGCUGACGCCGAGUUUGACAGGCUGAUCGCAGAGUGUCAGCACCUGAAGACUGAGAGGCAGAUGGAGCCGCUGAACGAGGACGUGUUGCUGGCCAUGGCAGAAAUGGGGCUGGACAAGGAGCGCACCAUCCAGUCCUUAAGAGCCGACGCUUACGAUCACUACAGCGCAAUCUACAGCCUGCUCUGCGACCGCCUGAAGAGACACAAGAACCUGCGCAUUGCAGCAUCUCCAAGUAUCCCGCGGACCAUGACCUUCCCCACCUCCGCGAACAUCCAGGCAGAACAGACGGGCAAUACCAUGAGCAUCAACGUGCCACAAGUGCAGCUCAUCAACCCUGAAAACCAAAUAGUGGAGACUGACGGGACAAUGAACCUGGACAGUGAUGAAGGGGAGGAGCCGUCGCCUGAAGCUCUGGUCCGUUACCUCUCCAUGAGAAGGCACACAGUUGGAGUAGCUGACCCACGGACGGAAGUCAUGGAAGAUCUGCAGAAGCUGCUGCCCGGCUUCCCCCGCGUCACGCCUCAGGCUCCGUUCCUGCAGGUGACCCCGAACGUGAACUUCAUGCACAAUGUGCUGCCCAGGCAGAACCUGCAGCCCACGGGUCAGCUGGAGUACAAGGAGCAGUCCCUGCUGCAGCCCCCCACCCUGCAGCUGCUGAACGGCAUGGGCCCUCUGGGGCGCCGGGCGUCAGACGGCGGAGCCAACAUCCAGUUACACGCACAGCAACUGCUGAAACGUCCUCGAGGUCCGUCCCCGCUCGUCACUAUGACGCCAGCUGUGCCAGCCGUCACCCCUGUGGACGAGGAGAGCUCGGACGGGGAGCCAGACCAGGAGGCUGUGCAGAGAUACUUGGCAAAUAGGUCAAAAAGGCACACUCUGGCAAUGACCAACCCUACAGCUGAAAUCCCUCCAGACUUGCAGAGGCAGCUAGGACAGCAGUCCUUCCGACCCCGGGCUUGGGCUCCACACCUGGUACCCGAUCAGCACCGUUCUAUUUACAAGGACUCAAACACUCUGCACCUCCCCACCGAGCGCUUCUCCCCGGUUCGGCGCUUCUCCGACGGUGCUGCCAGCAUCCAGGCUUUCAAAGCCCACCUGGAGAAGAUGGGCAAUAACAGCAGCAUCAAGCAGCUUCAGCAGGAGUGCGAGCAGCUGCAGAAGAUGUACGGUGGGCACAUGGACGAGAGGACGCUGGAGAAGACGCAGCAGCAGCACAUGUUGUACCAGCAGGAGCAGCACCAUCAGAUCCUUCAUCAGCAGAUCCAGGACUGUAUCCGGCCACCCCAGCCAUCUCCACCCUUGCAAGCUCCAUGUGAAAACCAGCCAGCUCUGCUCACUCACCAGCUUCAGAGGUUACGGAUUCAGCCAUCCAGCCCGCCCCCGAACCACCCUAAUAACCAUCUCUUCAGGCAGCCGAACAGCAGCCCCCCUCCUGUGAGCAGCAGCGUGCUCCAGCCCCACGGGGCUCUAGCUGUGACCUUCGCACGCUGGCGCGGCGGUCAGCAGCGGGGCUCCUCGUCACCCACAGCCGUGCUGGGACUCCCAGCGUGGCCCGGGAGGGCGGCAGCUCCCGAGCCUUGCCGUGGGCUGGUGCUGAGGGUCGUUGGUCCCCGCAGCCUGAACGUGAACAGGUAUCCCCCCGCCAACUACGACCAGGUGCACUUACACCCCCACCUGUUCCCAGAGCAGCCUCGCGUUUCCCCCAGCAACUACAGCCCCUCGGGAGGAGUCGGGUUCCCUCCGGCUCAGCAAGCUCUGAAAGUCCCGCAGCUCGAGCAGUAUCCCAGUUUCCCUCAGAACGCACAUCAGCAGCAGCAGCACUACACCGCAUCGAGCGGGCGCCGCCAGCGCCAGCAGCAGCAGCAGCAGCAGGAGUUUCAAGAGUUAUUCAGGCACAUGAGUCAAGGGGAUGCUGGGAACAUGGGCGCCGGCGUGGGGCAGAACCUCUCGGAGCGCCAGUCCUUGUCUUUGCCUUAUCAGAGUGCUGACACCUACCACCCCCAGAACAGCCCUCAGCACCUCUUAAAAAUCAGGGCGCAAGAAUGUAUCCAGCCGGUCCCCGCGCCGGUGCCGCCGCACGGAUACGUCCACCAGCCAGCCCUGUUCCACUCGGAGAGCAUGGAGGAGGACUGCGCCUGCGAGGGCGCCAGGGACAGCUUUGCAGACAGUAAGAGCUCGAACACGUUGACCAAAGGUUGCCACGAGAGCCCUCUGCUCGUGAGCGCAGGGGGGCACGGGGACCCCGAAUCGUUGCUAGGAACUGCUAGUCCCGCGCAGGAGCUGGGGCCGCACCAGUACAGACACCAGCCCGCGGCUGGAUUCA